GAUAACCGGCGACUUUCAAUACUAAACUUUGUUAUACAUACACAGGCGACGCCCGUAUAUAAACGCUAGUCAACCAGCUUACAGUAUUCAGUAGCUGUCGCGCAGUCUAACUAGAAGUGCACGAUGAGAUUUCUGUUCGCCUUCGCCGCCGUCCUCGGCUACGCCUCCGCCGGAGUGCUGGGCCCGCUGGUGUACGGAGCCAACCCUGGUGACGUCCAGGCCGCCCACAUUGAUGCCGCCGUCGCCGCCCAGGACCAUGUGAGGGCAGUGGGAGAGGGGCAGGUCAGAGCCGCGGAAGCCGCCAUCCAGUACAACACAGAAGUAGUCAGACAGACCGCCGAGGCGCACCGCGACAUCAACGAGAACGCCUACUGGAACUCCGUGGCCGCCGGGCAGAACCUCGUCGCAGCCGCCCAGACCCAGCAAGCCGCCCUAGACGGCGCCGCAGCCGCCUACCGCGCCGCCCAUGUGGCAGCCCCCGCCCUAGGCUACGCCGCGCCUUACGGAAUUGCCCCCUACGGUCUGGCCGCUCCCUACGGCAUCCACGGACUCGGCCUUCACUACUAAACUCAUGAUCUCUUUUAAAAAACCCUCGGAAUAAGGAUUGGGUUUGAACCGAAUCGUUGUUCCGAGGCUCGCUCGAAUGGCGCUUUCGGAUUCGAAAUUUGAAAGUGACAUUCGAUUUGGAAUAGACUCAGGAUUGUAAAAAGGAAGGAUUUUGCUCAAGAAUUUAAAUUUAAAUGAAAAAGUCAGGAACGUAACUCUCUUUGUAGGUCGAAUCUCAUGCCAUCACUGCCAAAGUGUAAAUAAAUACACGUUUUUUUACAAACUGUA